UUUAACUUCUCGAGAGUGUCUACAGCAAAGUCAUUGAACAACUGUUUAGACUUGUGUGAAGUAAAUCUGUGGCGAGGGACUGAGAUUGUGGUGCAUGUUUUUGCUGCAACAUAUAGCAAAUCGCCUUUCUUCUUACACAGAUACCUCUUCUGGCUCAGAAGAUGAAGGCUCAGUGCAGGGGGACUCCCAGGGCACCCCCACCUCCAGCCAGGGCAGCAUCAACAUGGAGCACUGGAUCAGUCAGGCCAUCCACGGCUCCACCACGUCCACCACCUCCUCGUCCUCCACGCAGAGCGGGGGCAGCGGGGCUGCCCACAGGCUGGCGGACGUCAUGGCCCAGACCCACAUAGAAAAUCAUUCUGCACCUCCUGACGUAACCACGUACACCUCAGAGCACUCCAUACAGGUGGAGAGACCACAGGGUUCCACGGGGUCCCGGACAGCGCCCAAGUACGGCAACGCCGAGCUCAUGGAGACCGGGGAUGGAGUACCAGUAAGUAGCCGGGUGUCAGCAAAAAUCCAGCAGCUCGUCAAUACCCUCAAACGACCGAAACGACCACCUUUACGAGAAUUCUUUGUCGAUGACUUUGAAGAAUUAUUAGAAGUUCAACAACCAGAUCCGAACCAACCAAAGCCGGAGGGGGCCCAGAUGCUGGCCAUGCGUGGAGAGCAGCUGGGCGUGGUCACGAACUGGCCGCCGUCGCUGGAGGCCGCGCUGCAGAGGUGGGGCACCAUCUCGCCCAAGGCGCCCUGCCUGACCACCAUGGACACCAACGGGAAGCCCCUCUACAUCCUCACUUACGGUAAUCCCGAGGCUCACCCUCUGCCCUUUGCCCACCCCCUCUCGCAGCCACUCCCGAACGCACAAAGCUCAGUGUCCGUUCACAUCCUCACAGUAAUCCCGAGGCUCACCCUCUGCCCUUUGCCCAUGGCCACGCACAGCCACUCCCGAACGCACAAAGCUCAGUGUCGGUUACUUCUGGUGACUGAUGGAUUUUAAGCUGCCUUAUGUUUCUGGCACAGAAAUAAAUGGAAUCUCGAAA